UGCUCCCGUCUCCCUUUUUUUUUCUGAAUUCCUUUUCUCGGGCUGCGGAGAGUGGGUGGAGCCUUCGCGAUUUGGGCCGACAUGAAAUCGGGCUCAAAUUUUGUCGGCCCAAUUAAAGCCCAUAAUGGUUAAGAUUGGGCCUCGCAUGUUCAUGGGCCUGCCGAAUCGUGUUAGAGAUGGACGCGGUGGUGCCUUGACAUCUUCGAUUGGACAGUUGGAGCAGCCGGAAGAGGCGAUGGCGCGAGGUGGCGCGUGGGUCGCGGCGGCGUCGGCGAUGCUGUGGUGGAUGGCGGCGGGGGCCGGCGCGGUGUGGCUGGAGAUUCACCCGUCGGCGACCAAGUGCCUGUCGGAGGAGAUCCAGUCCAACGUCGUCGUCAUCGGCGACUACUCCAUCCUGUACGAGCACCACCACCCGCACCCCACCGUCUCCGUCAAGGUUACAUCCCCGUUUGGAGACAUUGUGCAUAAAAGAGAAAAAGUUUCAAUGGACCAGUUUGCAUUCACCACAGCAGAAGCAGGAAACUACCUGGCCUGCUUCUCGAUUGAUGGAGAGGACAAGGGGUUAGCGGUGAAACUAAAGCUUGAGUGGAAAGUUGGGAUUGCUGCUAAAGAUUGGGAUUCUAUUGCUAAAAAGGAAAAGAUCGAGGGAGUUGAGCUAGAGUUGGUCAAGCUUGAAACAUCUGUCCAAGCAAUCCAUGAAAACCUGCUUCUGCUCAAAUCCAAAGAAGCUAACAUGAGCAAUGUCAGUGAGGAGACAAAUGCUAGGAUCACGUGGUUUAGCAUGAUGUCGCUUAGUGUUUGCAUUAUAGUCUCUGUUUUGCAGUUGUAUCAUCUACAGCAAUACUUCCGAAAGAAAAAGCUAGUAUAAAUGGCAUCUCUAAUAUAGUCCGCUGCAAUAAUCGUACUUUAUGUUAUAUUUAUUGUAUGAGAUCUGAUAAUUUGGCCAUUAUGAGGAUCAAAAACAUUUUUUAAUAAAACUAGUAACAUUUUAUAACCUAAAA